AUGCUAACGUGUCCUAUCUGUUACACUCCUAAAAGCCCAAGCGAGUUUCCAAUUCUAUCUUGUUGUGAACAUAGAACAUGUGCAGCUUGUUUGAAAAGAUAUGUCAGCUUGCAAAUCUCAGAAUCUAGAACAAACAUUACUUGCCCUGAAUGCUCAGAAUAUUUCUAUCCCAAUGAAAUUAAGUCCAUUCUAGAUGAUAAUGAUAUAUGGUCAAAAUAUGAAGAAUUUUCUCUUCGAAGAAUUCUCGUUUCUGAUCCGGACUGUCGAUGGUGCCCGGCACCUGAUUGUGGUUAUGCAGUUAUAGCUGCUGGUUGUGCCAGUUGCCCUAAGAUACAGUGUGAACGACCCGGAUGCAAUACUGAUUUCUGUUAUCACUGUAAGCAGAUGUGGCAUCCCAAUCAAACUUGUGAUGCUGCUCGUCUCAGCCGUUCGGUCGCCGCAAUCAACAACUCGGCAACGAAUGAAUCGUCAACGUCACAAGCAGGGCAGUUACUUCAAGAUCUUGGGAGCGAACAAAUCAAAAUGUGCCCUCGUUGCUCGGCACUUAUUAUCAAAGUAGAUGAUGGUUCUUGUAACCAUAUGGUCUGUUCAGUUUGUUCUACCGAAUUUUGCUGGUUGUGCAUGCGAGAGAUUACCGACUUACAUUACUUAAGCCCUUCUGGAUGUACAUUUUGGGGCAAGAAGCCAUGGAGUAGGAAAAAGAAAAUACUAUGGCAGCUAGGAACCAUCAUUGGUGCUCCUGUAGGCAUCGGUUUGAUUGCUACAAUUAGCGUGCCCGCUAUAAUAAUAGGAGUUCCAAUCUAUGCUGGUCGGAAGGUGUAUGAGAGAUUUCAGGAGCGUAAUCAGCGUCAUAAAAGGAAUAUAGCCAUAACUGCUGGAGUUUCCGCAUCUGUUAUGGUAUCACCCAUUCUGGCAGCAGUUGCGGUUGGUAUUGGUGUACCUAUACUACUUGCUUAUGUGUAUGGUGUUGUACCGGUGUCCCUUUGUCGUAGCGGUAGCUGC